CGCAAACACAGAGCGUCUCCUUCCAGCUACACAGCAGUCAGCUCCAUUGAGGGAAUAAAAGCUCCUGACUAAUGAUGGGGAAUUAGCAUGUGUCUGCGCCAUCCUGUGGGUGUGGUGUACAUUCAUGUACUCUCUCCACCAGCAUUGGAGCCCAGCACUGCAAGCAGAAGAGCCAGGCAGGCAGAGGAGGCAGGCAGCAGGCAAGCACAAUGGCUGCAUCUCAAGGGAAGAGUGAUGUGCAGUUUGCUGACUGGAUGGCAACUCUACCACAAAGGAUCCACAAAGUCCCUCUCACCAGUUUAGCUAUCCCAGGAUCACAUGACUCCUUCAGCUUCUACAUUGAUGAGGCAUCACCAGUUGGACCAGAACAGCCAGACUCUGUCCAGAACUUUGUGUCUGUGUUUGGAACAGUUGCCAAAAAGCUCAUGAGAAAGUGGUUAGCCACCCAAACAAUGAACUUUAACAGCCAAAUGGAAGCUGGAAUAAGAUAUUUUGACUUUCGGAUUUCAACAAAACCUAGAGACCCUGAUAAUGAGUUAUAUUUCGCUCAUGGAUUAUUUAGUGCCAAAGUUAACGAAGGCCUUGAACAAAUCAAUGCUUUUUUGAACACUCACCCGAAGGAAGUGGUAUUUUUGGACUUUAACCAUUUUUAUGGGAUGCAAAAGUACCAUCAUGAAAAUCUAGUCCAGAUGCUAAAGGACAUAUUUGGGAACAAAACAUGCCCGGCUAUUUUUGCCCAGGAAGUAAGUCUUCAUUAUCUUUGGGAACGGAACUACCAAAUUUUGGUGUUCUACCACAGUCCAGUGGCACUUGAAGUUCCAUUUCUCUGGCCUGGGCAGAUGAUGCCAGCCCCAUGGGCUAAUACCACGGACACAGAAAAGCUAAUUCAGUUUCUACAGUCGUCUAUUACUGAACGGAGGAGGAAAGGCACCUUUUUUAUUUCUCAGGUGGUAUUAACACCAAAAGCUAGUACUGUUGUCAAAGGGGUUACCAGUGGACUAAGGGAAACUAUAACAGAACGGGCCCUUCCCUCCAUGAUGCAAUGGGUUCGGACGCAAAAGCCCGGUGAAAGUGGGAUCAAUAUAAUUACAGCGGAUUUCGUAGAGUUAGGUGACUUUAUCAGCACAGUCAUCAAGCUAAACUAUCUCUUGGAUGAAGAGGACAGCACCACUUGAUGAUGCAAUACAUAUUCCGCUAUACACACAUGAAAUGCUGCAGUGUAUUUGUCUUUGAAAUGUUUUAUUGCAAAACACAGAACUCUUCCAAUCACAUUCUAAGAUUCCAAGCUGUUUGGGUCUUGUAGAUAGAAAACAAUUUGGAAUAGUCAUUUCAGUCUGGUAUAAGUUUUGAGAUAAGAAAUGUGGUUAUACGUACCACUGAAAUAGGAAUGGAAAAAAUAACUUCAAAGCAAAAGGGCAUUUCUUUAAUUCCUGUUCGUUUUUGUUUGGUGGAUUUUUGUCUUUAAACCAAAGUAUACAAAAAAAAACGGUAUACGAUAGUUACUAGUAUGAGUCACAGUUUGAUCAUAAUUGAGUCAUGUAUACAUACAUUAAUUUUAAAUUAGAAACUCUACAAUCCUAAUUCAUGGAUAAAGCAAGUGUUUUUGUCAUAUAUUUUUGUUUUACUUUUAAUGUAAUGAUUAUGUAAAUAAUGUUAAUAUCCAUUCCUAAAGGCUACUUGGUUUGUCAUCCAUAAAUCUAAAAAACAAACCAAUUGGAUGCUAUUUAGCUGUUUUAAUAGUAACUUCAUUAAAAAGAUGUUCUCCUCUGUGUGUUUUAGAACAGGGUUUGGUUGGCCAUCAGGUCUUUUCUGCUGCUUCUGGCCAGGAUGAUCCCAUGCCAAAGCAAACCUGUAAUAGGCUAAGCCUAAUUUUUCAGCUAAGCUACCACUGUCACCCUUGAAAGUGAUAUCACAUAAUACAUAAUUUCAUUGCCCUGUGAAUAAUGAAUUUCCCAGUGUUUAAGGACCUCACCAAGAACAGUGACUAUGCUAUCUAAUGAAAUGUACAAACAGUAACUUCUCCACAUGAAUCCACUCUUGCCCACCACAGCCUACUGCAGUACCUAAUCAAGCUCCUUACUGCUAAGUAUACAACAAUCCAUGAAGAUAAUAGCAUAUACCAGCAGGAUAUGCAUUUAAAUCUAUGUAUUGAUGUUUCAACAUAGUUAGAUUACAGUACGUUUAUUGAAGUAUCAGUAAAUGGUUUUAAAUAUAUUUCCGUCCUUGACUGUGGUAGUUGAGCUAAAAAUCCACACUUUUACAGCCAUGGUAGUGAAGUAGAAGCAGGUCUCCUCACUGAGGUUCUAACGUGCUAUCAUCUUCCUAGACUGUGGUAAUUGACAUGAAAAUCCAGGCUUUUUUACAGUCAAGGUGGUGUCCUACAAGUAGAUCUUCUCACUGAGGUCCUAAUGUGCUAUCAUCUUUCUAGACUGUGGUAGUUGAGCUGAAAAUUCAGACAUUUUAUAGCUAAGGUGGUGGGGUAGGAGCAGGUCUCCUCACUGAGGUCCUAAAGUACUAUCAUCUUUCUAGACUAUGGUAGCUGACAUGAAAAUUAAAAUUUUUAACAGUUAAGGUAGUGGGGUAGAAACUGGUGUCCUCACUGAGAUCUUAAAUAGUAGCAAAAUUGAGGAUUAAACCUCUCGCUACUCAAAAUGGAGAAAUCUCUAUUGUUUGGAAUUACUUUUUGUCGCUGAAAAAAAAA